GCUGCUAAGCUGACGUCGACUUCUGCAGCAAAAUGGCGACGUUGACAGCAGUCACGCAAACGAACCGGCCCGGUUCUUUAAUGCUAUCCAAAAAACGGAGCGGGAUGGUUAGUCAAAGGAGGUUCCGACUCUUGGACAACAAUGUCCUCGUGCUCCUGGCGUUGGCCUCUAUGUUGCAUUGUGCUUUGGCUGACGGAAAGACGCUGGUCCUGCUGGACAACCUGAACAUCAGAGACACCCAUUCAAUCUUCUUCCGCAGUCUGGCGGACCGUGGCUUUGACCUGACAUUCAAGACGGCCGAUGACCCCUCCCUCUCUCUGAUCAAAUACGGCCAGUUCCUCUACGAUCAUUUAAUCAUCUUCUCUCCAUCAGUCGAGGACUUUGGUGGUAAUAUAAAUGUGGAGACCAUUACGUCCUUCAUCGAUGGUGGAGGCAACGUCCUGGUUGCUGCCAGUUCAGAUAUUGGUGACCCUCUGAGGGAGCUGGGCAGUGAGUGUGGCAUUGAGUUUGAUGAGGAGAAGACUGCUGUGAUUGACCAUCACAACUUUGACGUGUCUGAUCCUGGAGAGCACACCCUGAUUGUCGCUGACCCAGAGAACCUGCUGAAAGCUCCCACUAUUGUUGGCAAACCCUCCAAUAAACCAGUUUUAUUCAAGGGUGUUGGCAUGGUUGCAGACCCAGACAACCCUCUGGUCCUGGACAUCCUUACGGGUUCCUCCACUUCUUACUCCUUUUUCCCAGACAGACCUAUCUCUCAGUACCCCCAUGCUGUUGGGAAGAACACCCUGCUGAUUGCUGGCCUCCAGGCUAGAAACAACGCCAGAGUGGUUUUCAGUGGCUCCCUGGACUUCUUCAGCGAUGCCUUCUUCAACUCUGCCGUGCAGAAGGCCACACCCGGUUCACAGAGACACGAGCAGACAGGGAACAUGGAGCUGGCCGAGGCUCUGUCUCGCUGGGUGUUCAAAGAGGCUGGAGUCCUGAGAGUGGGCGCUGUCACCCAUCAUCCUGUGGGAGAGACCACUCCCCCUGCAGCAUACACCAUCACCGACCUUGUGGAGUAUAGCAUUGUUAUUGAGAUGCUGGCUGAGGGCCGCUGGAUCCCCUUCGACGGAGAUGACAUCCAGCUUGAGUUUGUGAGGAUCGAUCCUUUUGUCAGGACUUAUCUCAAGAAAAAUGGAGGUAAAUACAGUGUCCAGUUCAAGCUGCCUGAUGUGUAUGGAGUCUUCCAGUUCAAGGUGGACUACAACAGACUGGGAUACACACAUCUCUACUCCUCCACUCAGGUAUCAGUGCGUCCACUGCAGCACACUCAGUACGAGCGCUUCAUCCCCUCAGCCUUCCCAUACUAUGCCAGCGUCUUCUCCAUGAUGUCAGGACUCUUUGUCUUCAGCAUAGUCUUCCUGCACAUGAAAGAGAAGGAGAAGUCAGACUAAGAAAUCAACUAUGUGGAAUUGAACUUGUGAAAAGUUGAAAUUGAAAUGUCUUGAUGACUUGGGUCUCAUGCAGGGACUGGGACUGUUUCUGUUCUCUUACUGGGGCACUCUGCUAAUGUGGGUCGGGGGGCAAACAGUGUGUUGACUGCAAUGGGAUGCAGAGGUGGGGUUGGGGUUUUGUUUUUGUACCUUAAAAUCACACAAAGGCCUGUAUAUGUUGUGAAGUCAGUCAGCAUUUGUAAGUUGUUUUACAUUUGAUAAAAUGAUCUCCCAAGUAGAGAAUUUGUCUUGGAACAGAGAAGGAAUCCCUACCAAAUUGACCCACAGUUUCUCACACAGAAACUCCAUGCACUGAAUAUGCCAACUGCUCCUUUGUUUUUGAUAAGACUUUGUGUUUCCAAAAAAGUUGGAGUCAUCUUAACAAUAAAAUGCUGACAUUCCACUCAGUA